GCUGCGUCCCUCCCCUCGAUUUAAGUCUCUAGUUUCUCCCUCCUUCCUCCUUUUUACUGUAACAUUGUCCUCUGAGUGACUCCGAUUACCUUGUUUACGAUCUCUCUUUUCGCUCGCAUAAUCCCGCAUCGAUCCUUCACGGUCACCCUACAAUUUAAUUUAAUCUAUCGCCAUGUCGGUUGUUUCUCUUCUCGGGGUCAAGAUCCUUAACAACCCGGCCCCUUUCCUCGCUUCCUAUCAAUUCGAAAUUACUUUUGAGUGUCUUGAACAACUGCAAAAAGACUUGGAAUGGAAGCUCACCUACGUUGGCUCGGCGACAUCGUCCGAAUAUGAUCAAGAACUGGACUCCCUUUUUGUCGGCCCUAUCCCUGUCGGUGUCAAUAAGUUCAUUUUCGAAGCUGAAGCACCAGACCUCAAGCGGAUUCCCACGUCCGAAAUUCUUGGCGUCACCGUGAUUCUUCUCACCUGUAGCUAUGAUGGCAGGGAGUUCGUCCGUGUCGGAUACUACGUGAACAAUGAGUACGACUCGGAGGACCUUAGCGCCGAGCCUCCUGCGAAGCCUAUUAUCGAGAGAAUCCGUCGAAACAUUCUUGCGGAGAAGCCAAGGGUGACUAGAUUCGCAAUCAAAUGGGAUUCGGAGGAAUCUGCACCAGCCGAAUAUCCCCCAGAUCAGCCAGAAGCCGACAUUUUGGAAGAUGACAGUGCUGCCUACGGCGCCGAGGAGACGGAGCUCGAAGCUGCCCUAGUGAGAGAACUAGCAGAUGCAGAGAGUGAUGUUAAGGGUGACGACCAUGAAAUGGAGGGUGCUGAGCCCACCACCGGCAAGGAAGAUGAAGAAGAGGACAUCUCCGAUGCUGAGAGUGAAGAUAUUGAAGAUGAAAGUGACGACGACGAUGAGGACCUUGAUGAAGAAGAGGCCGGCGACGGCGAUGAAGAUGUCGAGAUGGGCGACGACUCCGAACAGAAAGAUGAUGGCUCCAAGGCUGAUCCUACAAGUCAACAUCCCCACCAGUCGGAGGUUAUGGUUCACUAAGUUGAAUCUCUUUCGAAAUACCGCCUCAGGGGUUUCCCCUUUCGCUGUUUCAUUCAACGGUUCUCUUUUUAAAUGAUCUUAUGAUUCAGUUGCAACGUUUAUGACAACCCUACACCCUCUUACACCCUAUCAACCCUACUAUCGUCUUACAAAAUCCCAGCCUUUAGUUUAUGAUAUAGAACCAACAUAAUCUAACGAUUGAAUAGUUGCUAGGCUUGAAUGCUAUCUUCAUUUUCUCAUUGUCAAUUUUGAGCGUAA